AUCACGAAGAGCUCUUUGAAUGCUCAGAUGCUCGAGUGUCUUGGGCUGCAGUUUUUCAUUUCACUGGACGACAACGGAUGUUAGUUCUGACAAGAGGUCUCCCGAUAGUUAGACCUCUCGCCCGCAUUCAGUUUCGCAUUCCAGACUUUUGGAAGUUCUCGUUGAAUCUGCGCAGCGAAAGCACCUCACUUCGGUACACGAACACGUCGUACGCGUUCCCAGCAAACCCUCCUAGUCAAAUUCGACCAGAACAACCCGGACAAAUCCAGGCUACAUUCCUUGAGGAGCCAACAGAGGAAUAUGGCGAUUUGCAGGACAGUGAAGUACUUCAUGAUCACGUGGCACCUUUACCCGGCGUCCAGGCAUCUGAGGUUAUCCUUCGGCUGAUCACAAAGGGAGACUUGGACGGAGCGCUAGCUGCGAGGGAUGAACUCGUAAAGCUUGGUAUUGAAAUCGCUCAGGAUCGUGCCUUUGCCACAGCCGCUAUCGCCGAAUUGUCCACGGCCGACCCCGAGAUGCGGAGUAGAAAGUUCAUCGCAUGGUGGUCACUUGUGCCAUUAAACGAAUGUCCAGAACAGUUAGCUUUGGCGUGUUCGAAGCUGAUGGACCACCCGUUUGAUAUUCCGUUGCUCAUGGACUUUUGCAUCGUCUGCGCUAAAGCCGGUGUCAUUCAUUCCGUCGUAGAGCAGUCACGUCUGUUUAUGCACAUCUUUCGUUAUGGGAAUCCCAACGCAACAGCUGCUUUCUUAUUGAAGCUUGAACAUGAAGCAAAGAAGCACGUCAGCGAUGGCUCUCCGAUUGGUUGGAUGUCCAUGCGGGACUUGGCCAUUCGGAUGCACUUGGCCGCCGGGCGUAAAGAAAUCGCGAGGCAGAUGUUGAAUGCUGCUUCUGUAGAUGGGUUCAUCAUCGAUCGUCGCAUUGCGGAUUCCCUGAAAACGGACACAUCAUUUAACGCAUUGCCAGCGGAAGUAAUUACGACAAAGGCACUCUACUCUUCUGGAGCAGUAAAAGAUAGACGCCGCCCCUUAUCUGAGCUAGCUCGGGAACUUCGCAUUCUUCGACAAAUAGUCGUUUCUCGCGCUCCACCACCUCACUUUGAGCCUUUUCUUGCGGAAUUCAUAGACGCAUACGAAUUACACGGAAGACGUUCACGCGCUAUCCGGAUGCUCCGCAAGAAAGUCUUCAAGGACAGUUCGAAUGUUGUACGCGCUCGCUGGAUCGCAGGAGAGCAGUUAGCCUACUCCAUACGAGGUCGGCCCAUUGCUGUUCUCCGAACGUAUAUGAACUAUUGUUUCGCCGAUAGCGUCCUCGCCGCGGAAGCUCGACCUAUUUUGGCGUAUUGGCGAAAGCAAAGGGAUACUAUGCGAAGGUAUAAGGAUUGGAAAGUCUCACAGAAGCCCGAAAAGGUAGAAUGGAAAAUCUGGCCGACUAAUCUCAGUAUGAGCCUUGCGUGGAAAGCGAUCUUACAACUUUCAAAGAAACGAGACGUUGAUCGACUUUACGAGCAUCUUCUGAAGCAUGUUGAAGCUACGCGGUUGAGUCCAACCCGGCUUGCGGAUGAAUUAUCAAGAACAACCGACAUGGUGGUCGCAGAUAAGUAUUACUACGAUAACUCCAGUCAUACUGUAGCCGUUCCUCCAGUUGUGUUUCCGAACGCGUACUUCUUCCACCAUUUCGUCGUCGCCUAUGCGACUCGCCACGCUCCACGAAAGGGAGCACAGGUGUUACACGACAUGCAGCGGUUAGGCCUUGUACCAUCAUACGACAGUUGGGGAGCACUAGCUGGUGCAUAUGCGCGUUCUGGGGACUUUUCUCGGGUUCUGCGUAUUCUCGAUCACUUAGACAAGGAUUUACUGGACAGCAAGUCCUGGAAAAAGAAGUCGAAAGAGGAGAAGAGACUCGCCCAAAAGAACUGGCGAACACUUUUAACGACCUACAACAGUGUUCUGCGAGGAUUCACCAACGCAGCAAUGUAUCGCGAGGCUCGCUUAAUUCAAAAUCGCAUGAUUGAGCAAGGGCUUUUUAAAAGAGGUGUAGAUAAAUACACGCGAGCUAAGUUGCAUCGUCUUUCGCGCUAUGAGAGGGGCAAGUUCGAUCCAUUAUUGAAGCGCACGCAACGCAGCGUUAUUGUCGAUGGAAGGCAAAUUGUUGUUGAUGAUACCCGAGCAGAGUGGCUAACGGAAUUAGAGAUUAGUGAUUAGUGCGUUGAUGAUGUUCUGGAUUCCGGAUUACAUCACAGUGAUAAUAGAGCUACUAGACUGUAGAAAUG